AUGUCUCAAGGUUUAACAGAAGUUCUGGAGGAGUGGAAAUGUCUGGAAGAAGAGUAUCAGCAACUUCAGGAGACACACAGAACGUACUUGCAGAAACUGGAUGAAAUAUCCAAACUACAAAACAACUGCUCUUCUUCCAUUUCCCGUCAGCGGAGAAGACUGAAUGAAAUGUCCCACUUAGUGAAAAAAUGCAGCAAAGGACCAUCAGUGGAAGAUGCGAAGAAACUGGAUGAAAUAAAAGAGAAAAUCAAGACACGACCAAACGCUUUCUUUGAAAUGGAAGCUUUCCUUCCCAAGAAAAAUGGGUUAUACCUCAGUUUGGUGCUUGGAAAUGUGAAUGUCACUCUUCUUAGCAAGCAGCUGAAAUUUGCCUACAAGGAUGAAUAUGAGAAGUUCAAGCUGUACCUCACCGUCGUCCUGAUGAUGUUCUCCUUCAUAUGUUAUUUCUCUGUGAGCUACAGGUUUCUUGAUGCAAUCCUCAAUUUCCUGCUGGUAUUUUACUAUAGCACAUUAACUAUCCGGGAAAGUAUCCUCAUCACCAAUGGCUCCAGAAUCAAAGGAUGGUGGGUUUUCCAUCACUAUAUAUCAGCUUUUUUGUCCGGUGUAAUGCUGACAUGGCCAGACGGGAACCAGUACAAGAUGUUCAGGAACCAGUUCCUUGCCUACUCUGUCUAUCAAAGCUUUGUUCAGUGUCUGCAGUGCUAUUAUCAGAGUGGAUGUCUGUACAGACUACGAGCUCUGGGGCAAAGACACAACAUGGAUCUGACCGUGGAGGGAUUUCAGUCGUGGAUGUGGAAAGGCCUGACGUUUCUUUUGCCCUUCCUGUUUUUUGGACAUUUCUGGCAACUCUUCAAUGGCCUGUCUCUGUUCAGAAUGGCUCAGCUCCCAGACUGCAAAGAAUGGCAGGUCAUGAUGUGUGGCAUCUGCUUCCUCAUUCUGUUCAUGGGAAACUUCUUCACCACCGUCGCAGUCGUUCGUCAGAAGCUUAAGACCAGGAAUCAGAAACGAAAGAGCCUGUGAUACAUUUAAAAAUCAGGAAAUAUCAUGGCUAUGAAAAGGCCCCUCCUGUGCUCCUCCCCAAAUGAAAGCUCAUGUCACCAUCAACUUCAGUCACGUUUAC